GCAGGGCUGGGGCUGGGUGGCCCUGCCAGACUGCCUCUGUCUAUCUUUGGGAAUUUAUUCCUCACAAGCACGGCCAGCCCGCAGUCCAUUGCCUGCCAGGAGCCAAGAGCUGCUCUGGUCACCUAACGAUUCUCCCUCCCAACCCAAGCACCUCCAACUGACCACUGACUCCUGACCUCUGGCCCAACCUGAUCCACCCUUCUCUUCCUGAGGAGUUAAGAAGCCCCCAGAAACCCCGCUGCUGUAGACUUGGGUGCCUGCUGACAGCAAAGGUCUUGCAGGGCUCAGUCCUGAGCCCCAGCCUGGCCUGCCAUGGCACGGCGGCUGCAGGAUGAGCUGGCGGCCUUCUUCUUUGAGUAUGACACUCCCCGAAUGGUGCUUGUGCGCAACAAGAAGGUGGGCGUCAUCUUCCGGCUGAUCCAGCUGGUGGUUCUGAUCUAUGUUGUUGGGUGGGUGUUUGUCUACGAGAAGGGCUACCAGACUUCAAGUGGCCUCAUCAGCAGUGUGUCUGUGAAGCUUAAGGGCCUGGCUGUGACUCAACUCCAAGGCCUAGGACCCCAGGUCUGGGAUGUGGCUGACUACGUCUUCCCAGCACAGGGGGACAGCUCCUUUGUGGUCAUGACUAACUUCAUCAUGACCCCUCAGCAGGCUCAAGGCUACUGUGCAGAGAAUCCAGAAGGGGGCACAUGUAAGGAUGACAGCGGCUGCACCCCUGGGAAGGCAGAAAGGAAAGCCCAAGGCAUCCGCACAGGCAAGUGUGUGCCCUUCAAUGACACCGUGCAGACGUGUGAGAUCUUUGGUUGGUGCCCUGUGGAGGUGGAUGACAAGGUCCCGCGCCCUGCCCUUCUCCGAGAGGCCGAGAACUUCACCCUCUUCAUCAAGAACAGCAUCAGCUUCCCCCGCUUCAAGGUCAACAGGCGCAACCUGGUGGAGGAGGUGAAUGCCACCUACAUGAAGAACUGUCUGUAUCACAAGACCCUGCACCCUCUGUGCCCUGUCUUCAGCCUCGGCUACCUGGUGCAGGAGUCAGGCCAGGAUUUCUGCAGCCUGGCUGAAAAGGGCGGGGUGGUCGGCAUCACCAUUGACUGGGACUGUGACCUGGACUGGCACGUGCGACACUGCAAACCCAUCUACGAGUUCCAUGGGCUGUAUGGGGAGAAAAAUCUGUCUCCAGGCUUCAAUUUCAGGUUUGCUAGGCAUUUCAUGCAGAAUGGGACCAAUCGCCGUCACCUCUUCAAGGUGUUCGGAAUUCGCUUCGACAUCCUGGUGAAUGGCAAGGCUGGGAAGUUUGACAUCAUCCCCACAAUGACCACCAUUGGCUCUGGGAUCGGCAUCUUUGGGGUGGCCACAGUUCUAUGUGACCUGCUGCUGCUCCACAUCCUGCCCAAGAGGCACUACUAUAAGCAGAAGAAGUUCAAGUACGCAGAGGACAUGAGGCCAGGGGAGGGUGAGCAUGACCCUGCGGCCACCAGCUCCACCCUGGGCCUGCAGGAGAACAUGAGGACAUCCUGACCCUCAGCCCCUGGUCCUCACUGGAUGCAGUGUGAGGCUUCAAGUUGGGGCUGGUGGGUACCAGCCAGGGCAGAGGGGUCUCCCCAAGGAGUCUCCUGCCCUGUCAGCCUGGAAGACCAGUUUACCCACACCUCAGAGUAGACAGUAGGCAAGACUGUGCAAUUCAGGGCCCUGCCUCCAACUCCACAUCCCAAGGGAGCUCCUUCCCAGUCCUGGCCACUCUAGGUUUGGAAGACCUGGGCUGAGCAGAGCUCCUCACAUACCUGUACCCUAACUGUGUGCCAUAGCCCAGGGCCCUCAUUAUUCAUCCCACUGCCUCAAUUUCCCUCGAUCUGUGCUAACAUGACAGCCACUAGCCAUUUAAAUUUAAAUGGAAUAAAAAUUUAAAAAUGUCUCAAAUUAGCCACAUUUCAAUUGCUCAAUAGACACAUGUGGCCAGUGGCUGCCAUAUUGAACUGCAGAGGCCAUUUUCAUCAUUGGAGAAAGUUUGGUGGGACAGGUCUGCUCAAGCCCUGUUUCUGAUUGACUUCCCUGGGGAGCUUAUCAACAAUGCAGAUGCCCGGGCUACACCAUGCUUCCUGUGCCAGAAGCUGCAGGGCUGGCCUAUGAUUGGCACAGAUGGACCUAGGUUUUAGUACUGCUGUCCUAGAACUUUCUGACUCUGAACUCCAGACUGGGUAUCAGUCUUAGUCCUGGGCCAGCACCUCCUGGCACUUGCUGGCACUGAGUAGGGUCUCAAAGGCUCUUAGCAAGUGUGUAGUGCCAUGUGAAUACAGUGAUUCAUGCACCCUGUGCACACCCUCCUUGUGCACAGCUCCCCGCAUGCACCCAGCCCUCCAUCCACAGUGUGUAUUUGGACAUCUUUGGGUUCUGCAAGCACAACAUCUGAACACAUCUCCACCCCCAGGCAGACACACACUCCAUGUCUUGUUACUUCCAUGGGGAAAAUGCUCUUCCCAGGUGUGUCAGACCAGGACAACCUUCUAGCCAUGACUUCUUACUCAGCUACCUUGGGUGGGGACAGGAGCCUCAGCUGAAUCCUGGACUCCUUGCCAGUGGCUCAGCCCCAGCUCCCAAGGUUUGUCCAAAAGCAAGAUCUGGGUACAGUGAGGGGUGGAGUACAAUAAAGGAAGU